AUGGCUGGCCUUCGAAGAUCCAAGCGACUUGAGGCUUGCAAUCAACCUGACCAAGUCGCCAAGAUUGCAAGAACGUCAAAAGUUCAUGAAAAGGCGGUUACAGGGAAGAACAAGAAGACUGGGGAGAGCGCCAUGGAAGGGCCUUCGGACCCAGGGGUCGACACAGAUGCGUCGCCGAACCGUGCUUCGGAAAAACAGCCGGACGAAGAACUUCAGAACGAAGCAGUGUCGAAGGAGCCACAGCAAAAGGAAACACACGCCAGUGUUCGAUUACCUAUAGAUAAGAUUGAGAGCCCAUUCAAGGACAAGAAAGAGGAUUUUGCAGACUUCCGACGGGCUAUUCAGACUUCCGUCGGUUUGGGUUAUCAACAAGGUAACCUUCACAUUGUGUGGGACGAACUCCUUAGUAGUAUUCGGGCCAUCUCACAGUCAGCUGGUUUCCGCGACCGCUCCUGGGAUAAUCUUGAUGAGACCGCUCGGCAGAGGUUCAUUGGAUAUUCGUGUCAUGCCCAACAGCUCUUUGAGAACUCUUUUGUACGUGAGUAUAUGCUCGAGCGUUGGAUCUGGGAGAUCGUGGAUGAGAACUUUUUCUCUGGAAAGAGUCAGGAUAUUGAGUGGAAUUCGCCCUAUUGGGAAGCCCAGGCCACUAUGGAGCGCAUCUUACGGGGUAAGGAAGAUGAAGGAAUCCAUCAAUUCGUGGGACUGACCUCGGCCGUAGAGAAGAAUUUCGACUACGACGAAGAAACCCGGAGUAUCAAGUAUCCCAACUGGCGAUACACCACAAUCGAUCUCUAUUACUCCCUUAAAGGAGUGUGGCGCUAUGGCCUUAGGAUUGAGCCGGAAUGCGUGGUCAAGAUCCUGAAGAAAGCCCUUGGCCAAUACUUUCCUGAGAACCCUUGGCCCUACCUGGAAGAAACGCUCUUGGGUCUUGCAAAGACGGUUGCCAAGUUCGAGCUCUGGUUCGACUGCGGUCGCGAGACUCUUCGACUCGUCUUUCAUGACCCCGAGACCAAAGACGCAUAUGGAUUUCCAUUUUCACCCAGAGUCGAGGGGUUCAACGAUAGUAAAGUGAUGAAAGCAGUCAACGACUACGAUGCCAUGUACGAGGGUCAGUCUGUCGAACUAGUUGUGUCGCCUAUACUUGUGUUUUAUGGGUCUCACUAUGGAUAUGAUUACCACGUUCGGUAUGCCUCGUUUCCUAUGCGAGUGUGUGUUGGAUACCUUAGCGGCUGCGAGCAAGACGAGGUGGUUGAGACGGAGGAGGAUGGAGAGGGGGCCGGAGAAGAGGAGGCGAAGAUCAUCAAGGAUAAAGAGGGCGUCACAAAGGAUGAGGAUGGGAAGAACAUCGAGGACGAGGACGAGGACGAGGAGUAA